AUGGCUUCGUCUUCGCUACCUUACCGUCGCCCGUCGCGACAGACGUCUCGACAGGCCUCAACAGACGACCGAGAAGCUGUCCAAGCCCAGAUGGAUUACUACAUUGGUAUCGAUGUUGGAACUGGCAGUGCCCGUGCUUGUAUCAUCAAUGAUAAAGGCGACAUUGUCGGACUGGCCUCUGAGAACAUUGGGCUGUGGCAGCCCCAGCAAGGCUACUACGAGCAAUCCACGUCUGAUAUUUGGCGUUGUAUUUGUAUCUCAGUGCAGCGCGCUGUGAGCCAGCACAACAUCAAUCCAUCUUACAUUCGCGGCAUUGGCUUUGAUGCUACCUGCUCUCUGGCCGUGUUCUCGACUGACACCGAUGAGCCUGUUUCAGUGACGGGACCAAACUUUGACACUGACCGCAAUGUGAUUCUCUGGUUGGAUCACCGCCCCGUUGAUGAGACUGACAAGAUCAACGCGACCAAUCACAACUUGCUUCGCUAUGUUGGUGGCCAGAUGUCCAUUGAGAUGGAGGUCCCAAAAGUGCUGUGGCUGAAAAAUAACAUGCCCAAGGAACUCUUUGAGAAGUGCAAGUUCUACGAUCUUGCGGAUGCUUUGACCCAUAUCGCCACUGGAAAUGAGAAACGUAGCUAUUGCAGCGUCGUUUGUAAGCAGGGAUAUGUUCCAGUCGGAGUUGACGGGAGCGUCAAGGGCUGGCAGGAUGAUUUUCUCAAAGAAAUUGGCUUGGAGGAUCUCGUGAACGAGGAUUACAAGCGCAUGGGAGGAGUCGACGGGGUGAAUGGCGAUUAUUUGAGUGCCGGCGAACUCGUUGGUACCCUUUGCGAAAAAGCUGCAGCGGAACUUGGCCUUCCUCCGGGCAUUGCAAUUGGCAGUGGUGUCAUUGAUGCUUAUGCCGGGUGGAUCGGUACAGUCGGUGCCAAGGUCAACCUAGAGGGCGACGAAAUCGACGCGGGCGUCGCAUCGAAUGAUCGUUCUCAAGCCUUCAGUCGUCUGGCCGCUGUUGCAGGAACAUCGACGUGCCAUUUAGCUAUGUCACCGGAUCCAGUCUUCGUUCCCGGUGUUUGGGGUCCCUAUCGAGAUACAAUUAUCCCAGGGUUCUGGAUGGCGGAGGGUGGACAAUCUGCAACUGGUGAACUGCUCAGGCAUGUCAUUGAGACACAUCCUGCAUUCAAUCAAGCCAUCUCCAUUGCCGAGUCAUACCAUACCAACAUCUAUGAGUAUUUGAAUGAGCAUCUGAAAGAGAUGAUGGAAGAUCAGAAGGCACCUAGUAUUUCCUACCUCGGCCGCCACUUUUUCUUCUAUGGUGACCUGUUUGGAAACCGCUCCCCCAUAGCGGAUCCAAGCAUGAAAGGUUCUGUAGUCGGGCUCUCCAGCGAUGAAACUGUUGACGGACUAGCUAUCUUUUACUAUGCCACCUUGGAGUUCAUCGCACUGCAGACCAAACAGAUUGUGGAGACCAUGAAUGAUGCUGGACACACUAUCAGUUCGAUUUUUAUGUCUGGAUCUCAAUGUCAAAACGAGAUAUUGGUCAAGCUCAUUGCGUCCGCUUGCAACAUUCCCGUUCUUAUUCCUCGCUAUAUUCAAGCAGCUGUCUGCCACGGCGCUGCCAUGCUUGGUGCUAAGGCUGCUAGUGCAGACAGUGAAGGCAAAACUGAGGAUCUGUGGACCAUCAUGGACAAAAUGAGUAAGCCAGGCAGGAAAGUCGUUCCUACGACAGACGAGCACGAGAUCGCCCUGCUUCAGGCCAAAUACAAGGUUUUCCUUGAGCAGUGCUACAAGCAAAAGGAAUACCGAAACCUGGUCGACCAAGCCAUCGGAGACUGGAACAAGAAACGCUAA